AUGACGAUUUUGUGGUCCAAAGAGAACACGAAGAGCGACUUGGACGCUGAGAGCACAGAGUUCGAGGCCGGACCAAGCUCAGAGGCAUCAGAAGCCGAGUGGGUCACAUCUCUGUGGCUCGAUGUGAAGCCCGCUGCAGAGAAAACUGACGAGAAGCAGACUGAGAUGAUGGGGUUCAUCGUGUUUCGCAUUAAGCCUGAGAGGAACGCCUUAAUCAUUGCACAGUUGGCAGAGCACCGGCGAAUGGGCUUUGGCAGUUUGCUCCUGAAGACUUUGAUCGCAGAGGCAAAGCGCUUGCCUGAGAUUAACAGCAUUGGCUUGUCUUCCUUGCCGGGGUCUAUCAAGUUCUACAAGAGGCAUGGCUUCAAGCUGAUUCACAGGCUUCCGGAUUCCGAAGCGAAGGCGGAAGGUCAAGUCUAUAUGGAGCUGAAGACGCCGACCAAGAAGAAAAAAUGA